CAGGGGAGGAGGGUCUACGGGACUGCUAGUUUUAAAGAGGAAAACUCAAAUCAAGCACCAAAACACACAGCAAGGGAGAGGAGAGGAAGAACAGAAAAGCUCUGUGGAGCUGAGCCCUCACAGCACUGAGGCAGACAGGCACUGAGGCUCGGCUUGGCAGUACCUGAGUGGCUCAAGACUCAAAGUUUAGCUGUUAACUCCUUUCUUGGAACUCUAACUUGGAGCAGUAUAAAAGGUCAGAAGUCUGGUUUCUGGCAGUCUUCGCAUGCCCUCCACCCCCAGCUAUACUAUCAGCAUAUGACAGAGGAACAAGUAAUUGUGAAAACAGAGAGAUUUCUUCAGAGAAUUCACUCUGAGAAGAGGGGGACUUGAUAUUAAGGGUCAACAUGGCCAUGCCAGAAAAGUCAAGUUGUGUCAAACCGACUGAGGAGUGCAGCAGUUUUCCUGAGAUUAUUGAACUCAAUGUAGGUGGCCAGGUGUACAUAACUCGCUAUCCUACUUUGAUCAGCAUUCCUGGUUCCCGGCUCUGGGAAAUGUUCAGUGUAAAGAACCCUUGCUCACUGAUCCAGGACAACAAAGGGAGAUUCUUCAUAGAUCGAGAUGGUUUUCUCUUUCGCUAUGUCCUAGACUACAUGAGAGACAUGCAAGUAGUCCUUCCAGAUCACUUUCCAGAGUGUGGCCGACUCCAUAGAGAAGCAGAAUACUUUAAGCUGCCAGAACUAGCCAAGAUGUUGGCUCUUAAAAUGAACAAGCUCAACUCAAUUGGCAAUGACUCAUGUCAGAUUGAUCUAGAUGAGCUCUCACCCAGCAUUGACACCACGUUCAAUUUCUCUUCAACUAAUAGCAUUCAUAUUAGUGGCCCUGAUAAUCCUGUGGUCCUGACAGCUGCCCCUGGUUCUGAGCUCAAGAAGGCUGGCUUCAUCACUAUUGGUUAUCGAGGUUCCUAUACUCUGGGCAGGGACAGCCAAACAGAUGCCAAAUUCCGCCGUGUGGCCAGAAUCAUGGUAUGUGGUAAGAUCUCAUUAGCCAAAGAAGUGUUUGGAGACACUCUGAAUGAGAGCAGAGACCCAGACCGCCCUCCGGAGCGAUAUACUUCUCGAUAUUACCUCAAAUUCACUUUCUUGGAACAAGCCUUUGACAAACUAGCUGAUGCUGGCUUCCACAUGGUAGCAUGCAACUCCACUGGCACCUGCACUGUCACACAUGACCAAACAGAUGACAGGAUCUGGACCUCUUACACUGAAUAUGUUUUCUAUCGUGAGUGAUACUUAAAGUCACCCAGGAAAUACAAACCCCCAAACCGUCUCUCUCCUCUGUUUCCAUAUCAACUGUCUCCUUUAGAAAUAGAUACAUUAAUCACUCUAGGUUCCCCAGUGUUCUGCAUAAUCUUGAACAAUGCCACUUCUCUCAUCAUAACCACUUGAACCUUUGAUGGUUUAGUUCUUAUACACUAUUGCAGUCCAUCUGUCUAUUUUCUUUGGACUGUGGAGUGGCAUCAGUAUAGGUAGUAGACUCUAUUUCUGGAGUGACUGCUAUUAAAUAUAACCACUAAAUUACAUGUGUUGAGACCUAUUAAGCUAUGGCUUCCAAGUUGUUUCUCACUCAUAACCCACAUUGAACUUGAUUAUGUACCUUAUUAUCAUCAGUAUUCACCUACAUAAAGCUCUGUAUGGCUGGGCUGGAGAUUACAGUAGGUAGUAUGAAUCUGCUUUCCAGAUGUUUUACCAAGCUUAGUGGAAGACAGCCCUCUAGGAGGUUCAUGGAAAAGUGAACCAAUUCUAGAAUUAUUAUGGACUUUUGAUAGAAGCUAGACAGACAGUUGUAUGACUAUUAUUUCCAAGAAUAAAAGGUCUAGCACUCAAUUUGCUUUUACAUGAAAAUAUAGUAAGGAAGUAUUUCAUAGCUAUUACCUCAGUCAUAAGUGGCUGUGCCAUUAAAAAAUACUGUCCUAAAAUACCUUUCACUAGAAUUACAUACAAACAUAUGUAGGGAAGAGAACAAUGAACAAUGUUGCUUGGAAUAAGUAUAUACAUGUUUUAAUUAGUUUAGUCAAAUAAUUAGCUGUACUCAUCCGUUGUUAACUUGUUUGUAUUGGUUGAUGGUGUAUAUGCUUUGCUUUUCUGGAGGCGAGGAUGGGAGAAGAAAGAAGAAAAACAAGAAAACAACUAAAACAAAACAAAACACCUGAGAUUGAUCAUCUGAUUCCCUGCCAAUGACUUUGUAAUCAAACAGGCUGGAAGCAAGUAUUCAUUCGCAGAUGAGAAUGUUGGGAAUCUAAGAUAAAUGACUGAAUUGUAAAAGACCAAGACCAAGCCAAGAAAAAGAGGUCUGUAGGGCUCAUUAGAGCAUUUUCCUCACUUCUGUGAAAGCAAUCAAGUAGUCAGAUAGACUUGUCGUUCCUUUAUUCUGCCUUUAACGUGCACUACUCACCUUCUUUGUUUGCAUUGCCUUCUAAUUCCUUUUCUAAUCAGGUCUUUUUAAUUUCAAAGAACUAAAACUCACAUAAAAUGGCUUGAGAAAGAAAAAAUGUGCAUGUGUCAGUGGUGUGGCUGUGUGAGUAUUUUAAGCUCACAUUUAUUUUACUUUUUCUGUUGCAUCUAAAGGAAAUGUAGACGGAUUAGUCUCAGAGGGUCUGGGGAGCUGUCAAUAAUUGAUAUUCUAUCUUUUCUUUCAAAGGCCAUAUGAUUUUCCUUUGGUCAUCUCCAAAGCUCACUGAUUCCAUAUUUCUCCAGGCCAUUCACUUUCUUCCUUACAAUUUAUAGGAGACCUAAACAGUAAUCCAGCCUUUCACUGAACAUCAACUCCCAGGAAACUUCUCCACACUUCACUUCUUUUGUCGUUAAUCCCCUUGUCUAAAUCCAAAUCAGCUAUGAUGUAGGACAGAAAGGCUGAGUGGUUGGCAGCUCUGUGGCUUGGACAGACAGUUAUUCCAAUUACUACAUGGAUUAUCACAUAGAAGGUAUACAAUCUUACGUAGUCUUUCAGUAUAGCACUUCAGAUACCCUCUGGUCACUAACUCCUUUAGAGGUCAGUUGAAUACAGAAGUUGAGACGCAGGACAUUUUAUAUGCUCUUAAAGAGAUGUUCCUUCAAACAGCUUAUGUGACAUUCAGGAUUGUUGUCAUUGCCGUACUCGUCCUAUGAAGUUUAGUCUUUACGUUUGCUUACUUAUUCAUUGGUACAUUUACUAGCUUUAGCCUCUCUUGUGUGUUUUUAGUAUUAACAAAGUCUCAAUUGCCCAUCUGCCCAGUAGAGAAGUGGUCACCAUGUAUUUAAGGUGGUGAAUAUAUUGCAUAGUACCGAAAGUGAAGAUGCUGUGCUUUGGUAACUUACUAUGUGAUGCAGUUGUCUACAGUUUGAUCUUUCAGAAAUAGGGCUAACUGUUUUAAACUGAGGACUUGUAAUACUGUUUUUUUUUUUAUACUCUGUCAUCAAUUUACAUUAUUCUUGGUUUAAUAUUAUUUCUGAAACACUUGUCAUUUGCUCUUCAAAUACUUUUCACUCACAAAUAAUUUAAUGGAGGAAAUAAUAGGAAGAACUAUAACAUCUCUUGGGGUUGUUGUGUUAAGUGUUAAGAAGGUGCAACACAGAAAAAGCAUAGGCUAAGUAAGAGGCAGCUAACUAUGUGAUUGAAUAUUUGAGCUCAGCUGCCUUGAGUUUUUAGUGAGAGAGAUGCUCAUAAAUAAUCGCACUUAGAGUUUUUAAGUUUCAUGUUGGCAAAAGAAGAAACUGAUUUUUUAUAGAAAAAAUAAUUGGUUCAAAAAAUCCUGAAAGCACAUAGAGAACCACAUCUGAUGUUACACAGCCAUGAGCAAUAUCCAAAAUGAUUGCACAGUGGUGAUAAUCUGCUCUGAUUCUUGGCUAUUUGCUUACUGCAGCUUGUGCUCUCUACAUUAAUGGAACUGUAUACUAGUGCUGCAGCCUUUACAACUAUUCCCUCUCUCUUUCUCUCUCUCUCCCCCUACCAACACCAUUCUCCAUCAUCAGAAUUAAGUCCAGGCAAAUGUUACUUCACCCUGUGAUCAGUUUGUCAUUCAAGCCUGACUGGCAGAGUCUAGGACACUUGAAAGUGCCCCAAACACUUCAAGAGAACUUGUCACAUAUAGCUGGCUAGGAGUUGUUCUGCCACACGGAGGUAUAAAUCAUGGCAAAGCAAGUAGCAGCUCCCUCUAAAUUGCCUGACCCGAGUUCUUUUGGGCUGACCUUCUAAAUCUCACUGAUGGCUCUAAGCCUUGAGUAGCACAGGUUUCAGAUCUCAAGUUUUCAAAAGUCAGAAAUUUCCUGCCCUAAAGAUGUUGAGCUCAGAAGCUAAUUGCUGUAGGUUCAGAGUGCCCACACUCUUUAGACUUGUAGCUCCCAAACUUUAGGUUUGAGGACCACCUUCGGCUCCUUAACUCUAGGUGACUCUGUCAACCUCCUUUAGUGACCAUGAUCUUCAGCCCCUAGAGUCUCAGCUACCAUCUUCAACUCUUCAGAGUCUCUUGCUGCCUCCAUACUCCUGCCUUCCUUCAUAUUCAGAGCUUGUUGCACUGUCUACCUUUGCUUUCUCUAUGAAACUCUUAGUUGCCUCUUGAUAUUACAAUUCCAAUCUUUGGGAAUCAGGGUUCUUAGCUAAGGGUGACUCUCUAGAACAUUGCCACCAUAGCUUACUUAUCAUUGCCACUGUCAGGGCUAAAAAGCAAAAUAUGAAUACAACCUGUCCAGCCUACUCUAUGGGUACAAAAUACCACAGGCUGGUGGCAUAUAGACUAUUCAGGGUAUGGCAUGGAAGCUACACUCAUGUAAUAUCAACAACAUGGACACCUGAACAAGCUCAACACAAUGACAAUACCGGUUGCCAUGCCUGACUGGAUUGGGGAAAUCAUAAAAGGCUCCUCACCAGAUGAAGAACUAUAGACAAACAAUGGCUGCUAAGAGGGCAGAACUAGUCUUCUUCAGGGACAUCAAUCCCAAGAAGUCAACACAUAUACAUAGGACCAAUACUAAAUGCAUAGCAGAUUAUUUCUUUAUACACAUGUGUAUGUAAAUAAAUAUAUAUGUAACAAUCAGAAUUAAAGACAUUGUGAAUUUGAGUGGGACUUGGAAGGAUGUGGGGAGGAAUUGAGGGAAAGAGAGGGGUAAAAAUGAUGUAAAUACAGUACUCAUGUAUGAAAUCUCAAAAAAACACCAAAAUAAUAAAAAGUAUGUAAACCCA